AUGAUUAUCACAGGAGAUGAUGAAGAAGAGAUAUCGAGACUACAGAAGGCACUGGCUACCUAUUUUGAAAUGAAGAACUUGGGAGGAAUCAAGUACUUUCUGGGAAUUGAAGUUGCCCGGUCUAGGGAAGGAAUACUUCUCUCCCAAAGGAAAUAUGUACUGGAUGUUUUAACAGAGGUAGGAAUGUUGGAAUGCAAGCCAGUUGAUACCCCAAUUGUUCAAAAUCACAGGCUUAGAGAAUACCCAGACCAAACUCCAACGAACAAAGGAAGAUACCAAAGGUUAGUUGGGAAACUAAUAUAUCUCUCACACACCCGUCCAGACAUAGCUUAUGCUGUGAGUGUAGUUAGUCAAUUUAUGCAUAAUCCAAGUGAAGAUCAUAUGGAUGCUGUAGUUCAGAUACUAAGAUACUUGAAGGCGUCGCUUGGGAAGGAACUCAUGUUCUCAAAGAAUAGUCAUCUAAAAAUUAGUGGAUAUACGGAUGCAGACUAG